AAUAAUGAUGACUACAAUCAUAUGACUAUACAUUCAAAGUGUGCGCCAAUUGAUUGUAUUGUUGUAUUGAAUACUAUUUAAUACACAACACGUCGUCGACUGUAAAACACAUGAAAAUAUCUAAUCUUAUGAAUGGUUUCAAUGAUAUGAGUGAUAACAUCAUUGACUUUAUAGUGAUCGACAACAAGCAGACAAUUUGAAGAACAUUUGAAGGAUUAUAAGGUGAUAGUGAGUGACAGAUCCCAUGCCAUACCUGUCCUCGUGGGAUGAGUUCGCCAAAGCGGCUCAACUCUUGUAUUUGGCGGAGCCUUCAAAGUGUCGGUUCGUUAUGAAGUACAGACAUAGCGAUGGAAAACUGGUCCUCAAGUGUACCGACAACUCGGUGUGUGUUAUGUAUGCCACACAACACUCGGCAGACAUCAAGAAAGUGGAGAAACUGUCGACACAACUCAUGAGACACAUGGCGUCCAAAGACAAGUGACCACUACUUUGUCAACAUUUCAUUGUUUUUCAAAUCUAAAUAUCUUUAAAAUUAUUAUUAAUUAUCAUUAGUAUUAUUAAAACAUAAUUUAU